UUCAGAUGUCAGUUAAUUCCUGACUAGUCUUUUAUUAUCAUUCUCUUCCACGAGCGAGUUAAGUUUCAUAUUGCGAAUAUAGAAAUUAAAAAAAGUAUCGCAAUACAAGACUGUUCCUGAAAAAAAAUAUCAAUCCGGAUUUCUAUUCAAAUUUCAUGACACAAAAGUGUCCUGAACAACACCGUGCGUGGUAUCAAACGUAACAUCUAUUCUUACACUCUUUUUUUGUUCUUCUUGUAAAGAUCAUUGAUCGUGUAUUUCAGUCACAUAGGUAGAUCAAAGAAGGUGGCAGUGUAGCGCGGCUCAAUUGCUCGCGACUCGUUCGGAAUAGGUAACAUCAUUUUCUUUUUCCUGCCAGAGAAAAGUAACGGCGUCCUGCUGGCACGUGUGCUCGCAAAACAAUGUUGUCGGGUCCAGUUUAGCUGCGUUCGUGGUAGCGGCUCCGAGGAAGCUUUAAAAGAGGUUGUCGAUGAACAGCCAUCCCCAUAGUAGGAUCGGCGAAGUGAUCUAGUGGGACCAGACGCGAUCAGCGACAUGAAGAUCGCGCGUGUGGUCACGGUUUGUGCUGCGUUGAUAUCAACCUCGCUCGGCGCGGAAACUGAACGUUCCAAGAGACGAGCACAGCCGAAAAGCCAGUUGCCUCAACCGAGGAUAGAAAAUAUCAGCACAACACCGGUAACAUUCACCACCCUUCGGCCGGACAUAAGGCCCUUCGGCUCGCAAAUCGACCCCAGUGUCUACCCGGUUGGUUUUAGGAGAAGGGCACCAAGGAUUCGUACCACUCGGUUUGCCUCUAUUAGAUCCAGGAAUAAUCGUCAUCGGAGACAGCUUCAUCGACGCGGGAAAAAGAGUCGUCUGGGAAGAUCUUUCGACGUGACCAACUCCAAGAAGCUAGAGCUAGUGCAUGGUCCACCCGAUGAGAUCCACCUCGAACCCAUCUAUCGCGUAAUCAAGAACAAAAACAUCUUCGACUCGAUCAUUGAUUUGAUACGACGAUUGAUUGGAUCGAAGAAACCUUUGGGUCCUCUAGUGGGUCCUUUCCACUUCCCCGGGGUGGGUGACAAGGUUUACGUGAGACUCUUGGAACCAGUGCUCCCUAACCACCUGGUGAUCCGUUUGGUGUCCCAUUUGCCAGCCACGGAGAUCGAGGCUGCUAUGGAGAAACAUAUCUCUCCGCCUAUUCAUAUACCAAAACUUUCUCAGAUCCCAUCGAUCAGCCACGAGUCCUUCGUUGUGGCUCCCAAUGAGUUGAUCGAUUCUUUCAGCAAACACAGUUUAGCUGCAUCGGACAGUUUGUUGUCCUCCAGCAACCACGCGGUGCAGACAUCUAAAACUGCAAAGAAAUUGGAUGAAAAGAUGCUUGGAAAUAGUUGGAACAAUAGGGUGCACAUAUCUGAGACUUAUACUAAGAAUGAUCAUAGGAAUUCGACGAAUCCUCAACCUCUAUGGUCACCCGAAAUCAGUCGAGACGAUUGGAAAUUUAUAGAUCCGAGCAAUGAGAGCAGUUAUCAGGAUUCUUUCAACCAGGUGUACGAGUCGAAUAAAGAGCCUGAAGUGUUGAAGUUCAGUAUCGAGGACUUCCAUGAUCCAUUGAACGUUACGGACUAUCAACCUUCGGUUAAUUCGUUUAUUCCUGUCAGGGAUUAUGCUUUGAAUAAUGAAUUUAAGAAUGCUGAAGUUUCUCCUAAAUACAGCCUCGAUUUUGUGAGCAAGAAGAUGAGGUAUUUGAACCUGGACGGAAGUGUCGACUCCUCUGAAGAAAAGAACGAUGGAAGUUUGAAAUCGGUUGAAAAUAGUCCAAUUUUCUCGAAGGUUGAUCGCGAAUGGGGAUUGGUCAGAAGAAUGCGUGUAAGGAGAAAGGAAAUAAAGACGUCGUCGAACAGCGAAAAAGGGGUGCAAGAAAGAAACAGCACUGAAGCGUUUCCGGAAGUAGACAGGAAAUCGGAUGAUGAUAGAUCGAAUUAUUCUAUGAAUAAGCUUAGAAAUAAUACUGUGACAGGGUUGAAAGAAGAUGGAAAUUUUGGCCAGCGGUAUAAAAAUAACUCAACUUCUGUAAACACCACGAAAUCAGAAUCGAUUAAAAAUUCUACCGAAUCUAGAGGAAUAUAAAUGAAUACAAUAAUUAUUUUAUUGUAUUUUUUUUUAUUGACGAAGGAGUUGUUUGAACUCUGAUUUAUAUAUUUCUAUA